UUCAAUACUCACUCCGCCAGACUUCCGCUGGGAUGGCGGACAGGGCGGACAGCUUCUGCUAAGCUCUCACCCAUUUGCCCCGUUUUGUAUAGAAAGUCUACCUAUUUUAACACUGAGGUCGUGCGCGAUAACCACAAACUUAAUGUGCAUUGCUGGAGCGCACUUGAUGAAUAUUGUGAAUUCUGCGUACCUGCUAAUCUAGCAACAGGAAUGAAAAAAGCCGACGCUAAGCUAGCAACUACGCUACCACCGAACACGUGCGAACACGACUACUCUCUGAUGGACGUCACCACUAAUACCAACACGAAGAGGAAAACUUCCCCUGCUACUCCUACAAAGUCUUCGACUCCACCAACAAAGGUAAAAACUGUGCAGGAAUCUCCAGUCAUGGGAGACGAGGCUCUCGUUACUGCCAUAGAAAAACUAACAUCCAAAAUCGACGACUUCGGACAUCAGCUCAAAGAGAACUCUGUAAUGGUGGCGAAUAUUUCACGGCUGGUGGAAAUGAACGCAGCUGAGAUAAAGGAAUGCAAGGUCAAGAUUAAGGAAUUUGGAAAAGAAAUGCCACAAAUUAUUAAAGAAAACAAAGAGCUGAGAGAGAAAGUUGCAGAGAUGGAGCGUUAUAAGCGGCGGUGGAACUUAAAAAUUCAAGGUCUUAAAGAAAAGGACGAUGAAAACACCCGGGACAUCGUCAUCGGUAUCCUGUCCAAGAUAGCGCCGCAGUGGGCUGCAACGAUGGAGACGGUGGUGGACUCGGUUCAUCGCCUGGGAAGAAAGGAGGAGGGCCGGCACCGUCAGGUCAUCCUGCAGUUCGUCAUGAGACACCACAGGGAUGCCUUCUGGAAGAUGUCUAAAAACUGUAAGACCUGCAAAGACUUGGGAAUUCUCUUCAAGCAAGACUUCUGCAAAGCUGACCGGGAGGCUCGAGCGGCAGCUUGGCCAAAGAUGGAGCAAGCUCGGGCUGCAGGCAAGAACGUCUACUUCAGAGGACAUGUGGGCUACAUCAGUGCUCUUUACAACAUCUUUAACCUGAGCCUCAGACUCCAGCCACCACCCAGACACCUGCCUUCCUCUCAGCUCACCUGUCACAAUACCAAGACUCCACAACAUAGCACCACGCUAACGCAGCGCUUCAUCAGCGUCGGCCAUUUAUUAAACGCCGUCCAGUCUUCUUCCCGCUGGCUUUGA